AUGUCGUGUACGACUGCAGACACGCGCUUUCUGCUGAAGAAGUGGUCAGCGGUAGCUGUCUGGUCCUGGUCAAUUUGCACGGACACUUGUGCCAUCUGUAGGAACAGUCUUCACGAAGGGAGCAUUGAAUACCAAGCAAACCCAGCUGCAUCAUCCGAUGACGGUCUCAGCAUUGCGUGGGGUAACUGUGGACAUGUUUUCCAUCUCGAUUGUAUCUCGAAAUGGCUAAGGACACGCAGUAACUGUCCACUUUGCAACAAAGAAUGGGAGUUCUCCAAGGUUGAAAAGAUACAACUGCCCGCACUUGGGCUUGAUAGAUAA